AUGGAGGAAAAAGGUCCAAUGGAGUUGAACCAGCCGAGUAUUAAUGCUCUUUACCAGAUCGUGUGGAAGACUGAUACAAGCCCCAAGAGACUAUGGAAAUCAAGAAAUGAUUUUUUGUUUAAAGAAAAGGACUAUGAUGCCCGUGGAACUAUGGCUAGAGCGAUAGAGGAUGCAGAAGAGUGGUUGAAUAGAGUAGAAGGGGAAGAUAAGAGGCAUCCGAGUACUAUUGUCUCUAGAAGGAGUAAUAGAUGGUCUCCACCACAGGAUGGAUGGUUUAAGUGUAAUGUCGAUGCAGCCUGGAAAAAAGAGUUGAAUCAAUAUGGCAUAGGCUGGGUGCUUAGAGACCAUCAAGGGAGAGUACUUUGGAUGGGUGUGAGGGCAAUACUGAAGCUCAAAACGGUCCUUGACGUUGAGGCGGAGGCCAUCCGUUGGGCUGUUGUUUGUGUGUCACGAUUUAAUUAUUAA